AUGGCGACUACCAACCUUAUCGCAGAGGCUCACGAUGGCCAAGCACAGCAGCGGCGAAGACCAUUCUCGACAUGGGUCAAGAAGCUCACCAACUUCAAGUCAUCGUCGGACGGCGAGCGGCAGAAACGACACAUAAGAAUACGGCGAGGCCCCAAGCUCAACAAUCCAUAUCCCCAGUCCGGGCACGUCAGUUCCAACCAUGCCAACGGCCAAAGCUCUUAUUCGUUCGCUACUGGCCGCACCGACUGUAGCCUCUCUACGCUAGAUCAGCCAACUCGCUUUUCAGCGGAUGGGUAUGCACCACCGACUGUGGGCAGGAGGAGCUUAACCACGACCAUGUCCACCGAAACCGAGCCCGAUCGCCCUCGAUCCGUCAUCGCGCCGAGUCGCGCGCCGAGCUCUGUGACGGGAACGAGCAGGACUGUUGGAGGAGGACAAGAAUCCAGAAGAGGCGGCGAUAGCACAUUUUCAAGCCCGUCUCCAUCAGUCAGGUCCCUCGCUACAACAUUGACCACCAUUCAAUCCUUUGCCCCCCAUGGACAAGCCCCGGUUGCUCCUACUCACAGCAUCACUCAGUCAAUCCAGUUCAGCCAGCCGUUCCCUACGGCUUCCCCGGCAUCGGCCAUUCCAGCGCAUCUUAUCCCGGCGAACCACCUAACGACAUACACCACGGCCACGGCCAACAACCUCCUCACGGACAAUGCAUCCAUUCUGACUCUGGCUUCGUCGAGCAAGCGAGGUCGCCGGCGAUCGAUGGAUACCGAUGCGUCCGUUCGUGCUCUUGCUCCAUCGUCUCUCUGGGGCGGCAGCCGCGAAAGUCUGCCCCUGAGCGUCCUCAGCGCCAACAUCGACCCUACGUCCAGCCUUCACAACGCCUCCAGGCUCGGCGCAGAACGCAACAGCAUAUACUCUGCAACCGGAGUGGCUCCAGCGAUCCCGAGCGAGCGCAACAGUCUCUAUGCUAAGCAGGGCGACGGUGCAAGCGUCAGGAGCGGCCGCCUGGGACACGGCCGACCCGAUAGUAUAAGCGGCAGCGUUGCACUCGCCAGCCCUCGAGAGGUACCUGAUAAGAAGAGCCUUGCCGAAAACCGAGAGGACAGCCAGCUAACAUCGACUUCCAAGGAGGACUAA